AUGCCAACCAAAGGGUCUCCAGUGCCAAUGAGGGUCACAGAAAGGUCACCAAUGCCAACCAAAGGGUCACCAGUGCCAAUGAGGGUCACCAAUGCCAACCAAAGGGUCACCAGUGCCAAUGAGGGUCACAAAAAGGUCAUCAGUGCCAAUGAGGGUCACCAGUGCCAACCAAAGGGUCUCCAGUGCCAACAACGGUCACCAGUGCCAAUGUGGGACACAAAAAGGUCUGCCAAAGGGUCACCAAUGCCAAUGAGGGUCAUCAAUGCCAACCAGGCGGUCUCCAGUGCCAAUGAGGGUCACAAAAAGGUCACAAGUGGCAACCAAAGGGUCACCAAUGCCAACCAGGGGGUCAUCAGUGCCAAUGAGGGUCACAAAAAGGUCACAAGUGGCAACCAAAGGGUCACCAGUGCCAAUGAGGGUCACAAAAAAGUCACAAGUGCCAAUGAGGGUCACCAAUGCCAACCAAAGGGUCUCCAGUGCCGACAAUGGUCACCAGUGCCAAUGAGGGUCACCAGUGCCAACCAAAGGGUCUCCAGUGCCAACAACGGUCACCAGUGCCAAUGUGGGACACAAAAAGGUCUGCCAAAAGGGUCACCAAUGCCAACCAAAGGGUCACCACUGCCAACCAGGGGGUCUCCAGUGCCCCUAAGAGUCACCAGUGCCAAUGAGGGUCACAAAAAAGCUCACCAGUGCCAACCAAAGGGUGAUGUGUGCCAACAAUGGUCACCAGUGUUAAUCUGGGUCACAAAAAGGUCUGACAAAAGGGUCACCAAUGCCAACCAAAGGGUCACCAAUGCCAACCAAAGGGUCACCGAUGCCAACCAAAGGGUCACCGAUGCCAACUAAAGGGUCACCGAUGCCAACCAAAGGGUCACCGAUGGCAGCCAAAGGGUCACCAAUGCCAACCAAAGGGUCACCGAUGCCAACUAAAGGGUCACCGAUGCCAACCAAAGGGUCACCAAUGGCAGCCAAAGGGUCUCCAGUGCCAACAACGGUCACAAGUGCCAAUGAGGGUCACGAAGAGGACUGACCAAAGGGUCACCAACGCCAACCAGAGGGUCUCCAGUGUCAGUGAGGGUCACAGGUGUUGAUGAAAGGGUGUGCUGAUGAUGGUCACAGGUGCCAAUCUGGGCCACGAAAAGGUCUGACAAAAGGGUCACCGAUGCCAACCAAAGGGUCACCAGUGCCAAUGAGGGUCACAAAAAGGUCACAAGUGGCAACAAAAGCUCACCAAUGCCAACCAAAGGGUCU